ACGGAUGCAGGCGGAGCAGCCGCGCGCCUCCGCUCUUGUGAAACUGGCUCACCGAGCUGCACGGGCCGGCCGGCGUCACUCCAUAUGAUAGCUCGAGCGUGGCCGCCAGAUUUGGAAGCGGGAGAUAAAGAGCCGGCGUACGCGCGGCUAUAACAAUAGCCGACCGGCACGGGUGGACAUCAGUGCGCGUCCGUCCAGCUGACAGAUCUCACCUCUCCCGUACAGAGGUCAACAUGAAGCUCCUCGCGACUAUCGUCUUUAUCAUCAUCAGCUUUUACACCUCUUCCCAUGGCCGGUACUUGCAUCAGGGGCCCCACACUGCCGAGUCACAGCCUGGAAUCUCGGCAACACCUCGCCCCAGUGCUGAAGCAACACGACCCGGAGUCCAGGCGUCACCGCUGGUGGUAGAGGGAGAAGACGUGUACGCAACUGUGGAGCAGGGCAUGCUCAGAGGCGCCGUAGUCACCAGCGAGCUUGGCCAGCAGUACGCCAGCUUCAGGGGAGUGCCGUACGCGGAGCCGCCGCUAGGGGAACUGCGUUUCCAGGCUCCGCGGCCGGCCGCCUCCUGGAACGGCAGGCGCGACGCGCUGCAGCAGGCGCCCGCCUGUCCGCAGAUCACGGGGCGGGUGACGUCAGAGGACUGCCUAUACCUGAACGUGUUUGUGCCGCUGGGCGCCGCUGCGGCACCCGUGCUCGCCUGGAUACCCGGAGGCGGUUUCAGGGUGGGCACCAGCGAGUACGAGGGACCCGACUUCCUGGUCGCCGAGGGGGUCAUCCUAGUCGCCUUCAACUACCGGCUCGGAGCGCUGGGCUUCCUGAGCACCGGGGACGAGGCGGCUCCCGGCAACGCAGGCCUGAGGGACCAGAUGCUGGCGCUGAGCUGGGUGCAGCGCAACAUCGCGGCGUUCGGCGGCGACCCUGCCAGGGUGACGGUCGGCGGCGAGAGCGCGGGCGGCUGCUCCGUGGGUGACCUCAUCAUCUCGCCAGCAGCAGCAGGGUUGUUCCAACAAGCGACUAUCAUCAGCGGGGAGGCGGUGAGCCCGUGGGGCAUCGUGACGGACCCACGGCGGAGGGCGUUCGCCUUGGGCGAGGCCCUGGGGCUCAGCACCAACGACUCGCAGCAGCUGGUCGACUUCCUGAGGACUCAGGACGCGGCCGACCUCGUCACACACGACGGUGACGUCAUUCCUCCAGAGGAAUUGAUCCGCCUUGUCGCCGUGGCCUGGGGUCCCGUGAUCGACGGUACCUUAAUUCAGGAGUACCCCAUCAGCAGCCUGAAGGCCGGCCGUUUCAGCAGGAUGCCCAUCCUCGUGGGCUACACGUCAGGCGACGGCAUGAUUGGAGCGCAAGGGAAGGGCUACCUGAGCAGCGAGGCCGCCGUGCAGCAGCUGGACGAGAACUUCGUGGAGGCAGCGGCGCCGCUGGUGCGUCUGCCGACGGCCGAUCAGCGCCAGGACGCAGCGCUGCGCAUCCGCGACUUCUACUUCGGCAACGAGAGCAUCACUCUGCAGGAGGCGCAGGCUAUCGUCGACAUGCUGACGGACUUCGGCUUCGUGGAGCCAUCAGAUACCGCAGUGAGGAUCAUGGCUAACCAGUCUGACGCCGCUCCCAUCUUCUACCACCUGUUUGACUAUCGCGGACCUUCCAUAGGGAACUCCACCUACGGAACUCCUCAUGGAUCACAACGGUCGGUGCUCUUUUCAGGAUUAGUCACGAACCCUGACGAAGAAUUCAUCCAGCUAAGGACAAACAUGGUUAGAUUGUGGGCCAACUUCGUAAAAUACGGCACACCGUCCCCCGAGGGUGAAUCAAUCGAAUGGACGGCGUUCAACAACAGCGACCAGAAUUACAUGCACAUCACGAAUGUCUUUGAAAUGAAGCAGAAUGUGUACGAACAGCGAAUGGAUUUCUGGCAUGAAAUAAUGCCUAUCUAACGCACAGAGAAAUCUCCUACAAUGACACGCAGCCCUAAAAAGUGACUGUUGAACAUCUGUGUUGAAAAGGCCAGAAUCUGAUACCCAUAACGAAACCAGUAUUAAAGUGUAUUUAUUACUCGUACUUAGGUAAUAGUACGCUGUUGUGUUCAGUAAUAUUUCUCCGCAUUGUAGCCGUCAACGUCAACACGUGUGACACAAAAAGGAAAAUGUAAAUUCCUAAAUUAUGCAUGUCCUUCAGAGAAUAUCGAUUUGCACCAUAUUGGAUAAUGUUUAACGUUUAAUAAUCUGAACAUGUUUGGAGAUGCAAGUUCACCAAUUCUGACUUUCAUCCUCCCCAACAGCUCACAUUUAGCAAUAAAUGUGCUUCUCUGUGACUGAAUAUACUAAGCAACUGACGCUUAUCGUACUAGAUCAACUCUACUAGUAGUAUGGAAGCCUGGAAAUAUCCACUUAUUGUGAAAAAUGGACUUUUAUCUUUCAGUAGACGACUUACAAUGUAUACUUUCAUUGUAUUAGCUUU